GGAUCCUCCGAGUCAGAACUGCUAAAGCUGCAAAAAAAGAAGUUGAGGGCAAUGGACAUCAAGGAUACCCUAGAGAGACUUGAAGAUUCCAUAGGAUAUGUGCGAGAUAAUAUUUCCUUGGUAGCAGUCAAGCUUGCAAUUCAAUCUUUAGAUUCCCGGUUGUGAACGAAUUCCUUAACAGGUUUCAAUCUCUGGAUGAUGAAACUUUGCAUGGAAUGCUAAACUAGGUUCCUGUUGUUAGCACAUUAAAUUUGGUUAAAUGAAGAGAUGCUUUAUAGAAAUCAUGACAUGGUCUCAUGUAUAUUUGUUUUGGAAAAGACCGCUUAUAAAUCUGUUGGCAAAUGAUGCUGAAAACCGAAGAAAAAACGUUUGGCAUGGGAGGUACCUCAGUCUAUGCAUCUUCAAGUUGAAAGAAGAGCAUCGACAGUAAAAGGAGGACGGUUAUCAUCGUUAGUCCCACUGUAUAUCAGCAAGUCUUUGGCAUUUCAAGGAAAUCAUAGCAUGUAAUAUUCACAAGGGAACAAUGUUAAUUUACUUGGUUUAUUCAGCAAAGUGUUGGUUUAAUUCA